AUGGAUUUGAACGAUAAGCGAGACUCAUUUUUCGUCAAUCCUUUUCUUAUAACUCUCAAUGCCAAAUUCAAAGCCGUUGGUGCAAAAUGGCUUGGCCAUCAUUCGAAGCAACCCGUUCAAGCCCAGCCACCGAAAUUCCAGCUCCUGGACUCCAGGACAGCCGUCGCCUACACUCUUGAGCGUCCGCGGGACCAGCCUCAAUGGGAACGGUAUUCGGAAGAGUUCAUAUCAUUUGGAAACCUCGAUCUGCGGAUUGCUCGUGCAACACCUGAGCCAAUAUCCUCCUUCUCGCCCCUCAAGAGUCUGCCUCCUCCCACCCAAUCGCCGCAGAAUCUGAGACGGUAUAGAACAAAGAUGAGACUUUUCCGGAUCAAAACUGCUGUUCAUUUGUUAUAA